UUGGCGGCCGAAGUCGUAGCGUGAAGCCGUGAAUGAAAUCGAGGCGGGCGGUAACGGUGAGCCCCGUCGCCGUGAACGGCCAUGUUGACUGACUCUGCCUUCCAUUCCAUCGCACAUGGCCCCCAACAACAGCUGAGUUGAGGCUGCGAACCAAACCUUCCGUUCGUCCGCGCUGUCUCGCUCGCCCCACAGCCUAGCCACGGCAGCCGACACCGCGCGCGGCGGCGGCGCCGGGAGGAAGAAGCCAAGAAUCUCGCCCUUUGCUUGCGCGCCAGAACUGGGUGGCCAAUAAUAUGUACCUCCAUAUACAAAAUCAUACAAGACAGCAAAAAUUCAUGUGGAACAUGGAGCUUCAGCUCUGAAAGUUAAGUACUUGCCCUUAUCUUGUGAAAUAAGAUUUGAAGAAGUUCAAGUUGCUUAUACGGAGUACUAUCAAACGGCUUCUUACUGAAUAAAAUGGCCCUUAAUGGUAAUGGAAAUCUCAAAGCUGAUACUCAAGCAGUAGAAUCAAGAACAUCUGAAAGUGAACCUGAAGCCACAGGCGUCAAUAGUAUUUCCACUCAGGAUGUUUCACGACAGGGAAAUGAGCGGAGUGGGUUUCUGAAUUUUGUGAACCGCUUUACUGGUCCCAAUUUAAGGAAGCUGGGUCAUAACCCUUCAGUCAAGUUUCGACAGCUCACUCUUGCGCGGGAUGAGUUUUCACGUUCUAUCCAUUCUGAUAACCAUGGUAAUCACGAGCAUUUCCAUUUAAUCAGGAAAAUUAACUGGGGCCACCUGUGGGUAAUGGGCAAGGAAUGGAUAAGGCAGCCUAUGAACAUGGCCCUUUUUGCUUGGAUUGCUUGUGUUGCUGUAUCUGGUGCAAUACUCUUCAUGGUUAUGACUGGAAUGUUGAAUCACGCUUUGCCUAGCAAACCACUAAGAGAUACCUGGUUUGAAGUGAACAACCAAAUAUUGAAUGCAUUAUUCACACUCAUGUGCCUUUAUCAACACCCGAUGCGGAUCUAUAACUUUGUGCUCUUAUGUCGAUGGGACCAAAAGGACAUUCUAAGGCUUAGGAAAGUAUACUGCAAAAAUGGGACAUAUAAGCCUAAUGAGUGGAUGCACAUGAUGGUGGUGGUGGUCCUUCUUAAUUUGAACUGCUUUGGCCAGUAUGCCUUGUGUGGUCUCAACAUAGGAUACCGCAGAUCAGAAAGGCCUCCUAUCGGUGUCGCUGUGUCUAUUUCUGUUGCAAUUGGCGCUGCGGCAUUCGCCAGUGUGUAUAAUAUUGUCAGUCCUCUUGGGAAGGAUUAUGACCCAGAUGAAGAACUGAGAGAAGCGGAUCCAGAAGCACAAUCCGUGGUCACCUCAACUGAAGGCACCAAGCCAGCAACUUCAGGGAGCUCGCUUGAGAGGAGAUACUCUUUUCUUCAGAGCGAAGAACGCCGUUUCGUAGAGAGUAGGCCUGAGUGGGUCGGUGGACUCGCAGAUUUCUGGGAUGGUAUAACUCUUGCAUACUUGUCGAUUUUCUGCAGUUGUUGCGUUUUCGGGUGGAAUGUGCAGAGGCUUGGGUUCGGCAACAUGUACGUCCAUAUUGCAACAUUUCUGCUGUUUUGCGCAGCUCCCUUCUUCAUCUUCAAUAUGGCAGCUAUCAAUAUUAACAAUGAAACCCUGCGAGAAGCACUCGGGCUCACUGGAGUUGCACUUUGCUUUUUCGGUCUACUGUAUGGUGGCUUUUGGAGAAUACAGAUGAGGAAGAGAUUUAACCUCCCCGGGAACACCUUUUGCUGCCGUAAUCCUGAUGUCACAGAUUGUUUCCAGUGGCUGUGCUGUUGUUCGUGUUCUCUAGCUCAGGAGGUGAGAACUGCUGAUUAUUAUGAUAUUGCAGAGGAAAGGUCAUACAGAGGACAAGCAACCGAGGAAAGUCAGCGUGUGAUGUCACCAUUACGUCGUGAAGAUGGUUUGCCACUUUUCAAGUCAACCCCUGCUUCGCCGUACAGGAGUAGCACACCAAGUCGAUCAAUUUUCAUUAUGGAGAGUCCAUCAGCUCCACGGAGGUCAUCCGGUGCAACCCCUCUUGGCGGUUCACCGACAACAGGCGACAGGGCAAUGCAGGCGCCUGCUCCAUCUGUUUUACACAGAGAAGGUGGAGAUGGAUCAUAGCAUGUGGCGACCCAACAAGGCACGCAUCGCGAGUCUACUCAGUCUAUGGAGAGGAACCUGUAUAUUUGUUGUAAAGGGGAAAAAAAAGUUACCAUGUGUUGCAUUUUCAUCUUGCGGCUGAUUUUCCAGUGUGCAAUCACUCCUCCUCAAGAGAUGUACAGAAGUAUCCAAUUCUGCUCUGUUCUGUAUUCUUUUAGAUUUCUGGAGUGCAGACUUCUCUUUUGAGGUGAAACGGCGUCAGUGGUAUAUGUAUGUUUAGUAUUUGGCUGGAGAGUUGAUCUGUUGAUGGCUAACAACUGGAUGUGACGCUGCCAUCAGUCUCUUUCAGCACUUGCAAUAGUAACAGUAACUUUGUUGUCUAA